AUGAGUAACAGAAGUACGACUUAUCGGUAUAAUGGUUAUGAAAAAGGAAUUGGACCUAGAAUUUUUAUUCUUCGUCGUUUUGAUCUUCCUAAACGGACUCGUUGGCAUCUGGGCGGUGAAGCUGCCCGGUUGAG